AUGGCGACUACUACGCCCUUUGGACGCCAGAUGCGCGACGAGCACUUCGCCUUCGCGAAGUCCUACACGCCCCUCAACCAUGGCUCAUACGGCGCCUUCCCACUGGCCGUGCGCUCGUAUCAACGUGCAAUCCAAGAGCAAACCGAGUCCCGGUCCGAUCGAUUCAUCCGGUUCACGGCUCGCUCCCUCCUCCUCGAGUCCCGCUCCGCUGUGGCCAGCCUGCUCAAUGUUCCGCGGCAGACGGUCGUCUUCGUGCCCAAUGCCACCACGGGCAUCAACACCGUGCUGCGGAACCUCACCUGGAACGAAGGCGACGUGAUCGUCUACUUCAGCACCGCGUACGCGGCGUGCGAGAAAACCGUCCUCCACGUCUGCGAGACCACGGCCGCGUCGUCCGUCCGCAUAGACGUGUCCUUCCCCAGCGAGGACGACGACCUCGUCCGUCUCUUCAGGGACACCGUCCAAGGGAUCAAUUUGCAGCGGGACAAGCGCGUCCGAGUCGCCAUGUUCGACACUUUGUGCACGUUCCCCGGGGUCCGGCUGCCCUGGGAGGCGCUGGUCUCGGCGUGCAAGCCGCUCGGCGUGCUGAGCCUCGUGGACGGCGCCCAUGGCAUCGGCCACCUUGACCUCUCCCGUCUGGGCCAACCAGAUUCAGAUCCGGACUUCUUCACGACGAACUGCUACAAGUGGCUGUUUACGCCGCGCGGGUGUGCCGUGCUGUACGUAUCAAGACGCCACCACCACCUCAUUCGCACGACAUUCCCGACGUCCCACGGCUUCACACCCCUGGAAGACGCGCAUGGCCUGACCUCGAACAGUUCGGACGACGACGACGACUACCUUGGCGAUCUGUUUGCCUGGGCCGCCACCGUCGACAUGAGUGCCUAUCUGUGCGUCCCGGAGGCGAUCAAGUUCCGGUCGCACACUUGUGGUGGUGAAGCCGCCCUCAGAGACUACUGCUUCGGUCUUGCACGAGAAGGCGGCAAACGUAUGGCCGGCAUCUUUGGCACGGAAGUUCUAGAUAAUCAGACGUGCACGCUGAGUCAAUGCUGCUUUACUAUGGUCCGGUUACCCCUGAGCUUUGCGGUCGAACCGGACGACCGCACUGGCUCUGGUUCCGUCACUGGCACCCGUACACCCACCGAGUGCAGCCCUCCCAUCUUCCCGCCCGAGAGAGGCCCCGCACUCGCGAAGGCCAUCAUGGACAAGCUGAUGACGGACCACGACACGUGGAUCCCGGCCAUGUUCUACGGGGGCGCAAUCUGGGUGCGAGUCAGCGCCCAGAUAUACCUCGAAAUGGCCGACUUUGACUGGGCCGCCGAGGUGUUGGCGGCCCUGUGCAAAGAGAUAAGCGAUACCGGUGCUGGUUGA